GAAGACAAAGACCUUAUUGACGACUCCAAAAAAUUCUUUAAAAGGUCUGACCUGGCACGCAAGGAACAAGAAGAUUACUUCAAAAGAUGUGGAUAUAAGGUUGAUUUCUCCCUCUUUCUCUUACUCUCACACAAACACAUAUAAAUCACUGCCUUUCCUCAGUUGAAUUGUAUCUCAUGUUUAGUGACACGCACUGAAUACUGUAGUUUAAACGUUUUGCUAGGAAACUAAAUAAGGUCAGGCGUUGAUGCCCAGGUGUACAUUGGUGUUUGUGUGUGCUGUUUUUCCCCAACAUACCUCUGCUGCCUGCAUCUGUAGGUUCAGAGAGAGUCUUCUGAGAUCCAGGUAUGGAAUUGCGCAGUGAAAGUAGCUGACAGGAUGCAUGAAAAAAGGACAAAACACACUGUGUCCCAGAGGCUUCUGCUUCCUUGGCACCCUUUCCGAAAGUUCACUUUCUAAAACCAGUGAGGAUAAAAGCAGAAAUAACAUGGUGGAGACAUCUAUAUUUUCCAAUGCAGGUUAGAAAUAACUCUAUAAAGGCAGGAGAUAAUGACAUGUUUCACAUCUCACUCAAUCAGUAAACCUCCUUUCAUUAUGGGCCUCCUGUGCUAAUGGAACAUUCAACCAAUUCUCUUCUGCAUAUUUUGAUGCAUUUAGUCCAAAUCAUUUUGUAAAGUAUUACAUUUUUCUUUUUACAAGUUGAAUUAGUUUCAUGGUCUAGCCUAUAACAGAAAUCCAUUUGAAAAUAUGAAUUAUUCAAAUUCACCUACACUAUAUGAAUUUGAGGAUGCACCUUGUGCUUCCAAUAUGCCACCAUUGUCAAUAUUUAUGCUUUUAACAAUUAUUUCUUUAUAUGCAGCAACCACUAUGACAUCUGACCUACAUGCCGGACCAGUUAUGUGUUACAACCUAAUUACAAACUCUGCAACAAUCACUUGUCAGAAAGCAAGGGAACAAGGAAAAGAAUCCAUAAAGUGGGACACAGACAUUGUGUGAAUUUCAGCAUGCUUGAUAAGAAAGAAGAAGAUGAGCCAUCAACCUCAUCGGUUCCAGUGUUAGAAAUAGAACUAACAGAAGAGAAGCUGCCAAUGACACUGUCACGGCAGGAAGCCGUUCGACGGCUCAGAGAACGAGGGGAACCCGUCCGACUGUUUGGAGAGUCCGAUUACGAUGCCUUCCAGAGACUCAGGAAGAUUGAGAUUUUGACCCCAGAAGUAAACAAGGGCUUGAGGAAUGACCUUAAAACAGCCAUGGACAAGAUUGACCUGCAGUACCUGAAUGAGGUUGUUGGAGGAGCAGAUCCGGGAGCAGUGGACACGCAGCAUGACCUGAAAGUGCAUGAAGAACACACCACUAUACAGGAUUUGGAGGUUCUCGGUAACACCCUGGGCAGAGGAGAUGAUCAUAGAGACCAGGAUCUUAUCGACAAGUUUUUGAGGUUUCUACUUGGUGUUUGGGCGAAAGAUCUGAACAGCCGAAAGGAUCACGUGAAGCGAAGUGUUCAGGGCAAGCUGGCCAGUGCAACUCACUCACAGACGGAGGCUUAUCUGAAACCUCUCUUCAGAAAGCUCAGGAAGAAGAUUUUACCAGCUGACAUCAAAGAGUCAAUUACGGACAUCAUUAAAUUCUUGUUGCAGAGAGAAUAUGUCAAGGCAAAUGAUUCCUACUUGCAGAUGGCCAUUGGUAAUGCUCCCUGGCCAAUCGGUGUGACCAUGGUGGGAAUCCACGCUCGUACUGGGCGAGAGAAGAUUUUCUCCAAACAUGUCGCCCACGUUCUCAACGAUGAAACGCAGAGAAAAUACAUCCAGGGACUGAAGAGGCUAAUGACGAUCUGCCAGAAACACUUCACGACUGUGCCAUCAAAGUGUGUGGAGUACAACGCUCUUUAACUUUUACCUUCAGUGUAACCUACACCGAGGCUGUCGGGUCAGUUGUAUCACAAUCCCAUCUGGUUCUGACCGUGUGGCUGAGCAGAAAUGUCCUAACAUCUUGUAUAUCAAGGGCUUUCAAGUACAUCUGCAUUUUUGUGGGAUUUGGGAAAAUACAUUAUUUAAACACAAUCUGAGUGAAUAAGACCUGUUGUAUACAAUCAGAGUUGUCUUCAAGCUAUUAGGUGAAAAUAUCUCUGAUUGAGGUGGAGGACACUCGACAACCCUCGAGUCUUAUUAGACUUGUCCUUGUGAAAACCGAUGCACCUGUCACGCCAAGAAUAGUCACCAUCAUUCGGUCCUUCUUGAGAACAUGUUCAUGGAUGCAGGAAAUGUUGAACAGUAAAUUGGUUUAGCUUGUGAAAGCCCAUCAUAACAGAACAUGUUUUUACUUUCACAAUGUUUGUUAGAAAAGCUCCAGUAGUGUACGUUUUAUUACACAUGGAAGAUUGCAGUUCUUCGCUCUAUUAACGUGCUGAAAUCAAUGCAGAUUCAGUUAUAUGUGCAUGUUGGAGGUUUCGAUAGAUAAUUACACCAAUACAUGUGUCCUUGUACUAUUCUUUAGUAAGAAAAUAAAGUGUUUAUUAGUUACAACAGUUGCCAGUAUAGUUGGAUAAGAUACAUUUAGUUUUUUAGCUGGACUUCUAAAUUGGACUAUUUUUAGCCACUAUAGUUUUUUUCGGGUCAUUUAAAAAUCUCUCAGCAGGAAAACAGUUUAUAAUAAAGUACCAUCUGUAAAUGUGCCAUGAAAUGCUUCAGUAAAGUUUUAGAUUGCC